GAGGAAGUUGCUUUAUGGUAACUUGUUUUUUUUUUGUUUUGUCCUCUGUUGUAAGGAGGAGCCAAAGGUUUUGUAAUUUAUUUCAAUUUAGCUCACUUUUUGACUUUAUACCUUAUUCGUGGGGUGUUGAGUCGAGUGUUGGUUGGAAUUUAUGGAAAUUUAAACCGAAAUAGGAAAGUAAAAACUUGACCGUUUACGGCAGCGAGAGACACAGUUGCGUUCAAGGACCCUGCCUGACGACGGAAGCUUUCAGGUAAAUCUGUUUUUCUGAAAUCUGAAAUAUAAAGCUGUGGAGUCUUAUGUCUAUGAAUUAAAUCGCAUGGACUUGGACACGUGUAGGAUGCAAACUUUAUGAUUGUGUUUUUUUUAAUCGAUAAUCGUAUCUCGUAGCCUACAUUUUAAAACAUAGUUUCGAUUACUGAGUAGUUCCCGCUCAUUAGUUCUCACAUCAACUUUUACCUUAACUGUAUGAAAAGGGAUAAAACAUGUUGAAUGGGAGCCCCAGCCAUGUCAAUAUAACAUCUGCGUUUGUGUUUUAGUUUUUACUCACGUCGUCGUAUUUGUUGCAGACAAUCGUGUUCCUCUGCUUUCCGUCGUCGUUGAUGUCAUCGUUUAGGAAUUACUGCUAUGCAUAUUACACAAUAACACACAUUUCAGUGUGAGUAUUAAUCAAUAAAAUGAGAGUGCGUUAAUGUAAUGCUCAACUAACUUAGUUAUCACGGUGUUUUGUACACGUGCAGUGCAUUUAACGUAUAUUUAAAACGUGUAUGUAUUGGAAUGCAGCGCGGUUACACUCCACUUCCCAAAAUGCCUUUCGGCACGUCCAGCCCCCAACUGCAAACGUUUUGGUGUUCGACUCAAAUCACAGGCGGGAGAAGAACGAUUCAGUCGGUGAGCUGGACUGAGCUGCGUUUAUUAAAACUUUUAAACCCUGAAAAUAUCAAUUUUGACUUAACUCUGAACGAGUUACAAUCGUGACACGCUGAUUUGUUUUUCCUCUGGACCGAAGAAGAAGCGGGAAUCUGAUUUUCGAGUAGCAGCGGUGUCUGUGUGGACCAGAGACGGGAAGUGAUUCAACAGUUUAAAGAUGAUCAUGAAGGGGCAGAAGCGUAAAUUCCCACCCGAGGACGUGGAGGUUUCAGACAGGAGCAGCUCGACCUGGGAGAGCCAACGACAGUUUGUGUUCUCAGUCUCUCUGAACAAGUACCAACAUGGCCAGGAGCUUCCUGAACCCAGCCUGCGGAGGUCUGUGCUGAUAGCAAACACACUGCGGCAGAUCAACCUGCAGGCCUGUAGAUCUGUGUGUGUAGAUGGGCCAAUCCCACCCUGCAGCUCUUUAUCUGCACUUCAGGAGAAUGAGCAGGAGAGUCGUUGGAACAAAGUUGUUCCUGCUAAACAUCACUCUGCAGAAGGAGUGAUUAACAGUGACUCAGCACUUACCACCUGCCCUGUGGAUUCCUCGCAUCACCCCUCCAAUUCUGCUACAAGUAGGUAUCCAGCAAGCUGCCAGUUGAAUACAUGCGGUGUUCCCCUGUCUGUUGGUGAGGAAGAUGAGGAUUGGGGAUCCAUGUCCACUGAUACUGAUUUCUCCCUUUCAGCUGCCAUUUCUUCCAUUCUCACUGCACUGGACUCAAAUAUUGACUGGAGCCCACAGGCAGCUCAGCGGAUGCCUCUACGAUCCCUGGAGAAUCUGCAGAGGCCUUCUGAAGGAAAUGCAGCAUGGGCUAAACAGGGGGUCAGGGGAUAUGGGGGGAGCUGGGAGCAACAGGAAGAGUGCAGAGCACGAGAAAGCAACAUGGAUGCAAUGAGGUCCAGCUAUCUCAGUGACCUCACUGUGGAAGAUCUGUUCCAGGAUAUAGACACAUCCCUGUUAGAAAGGGACAUGGGCGUGCUUGGGCUUAGAGGCAAUGGGGGUGGAUACUCAGGUGGGGAUGAUCUCCCCCGUUACCUGCUGCCUUUCUCUCCGUCCUCGCACCCUUUGUCCUUCUCUCUUAACCAGAAUCUAAAGUGCCUGCCUUCAUUCUCCUCAUUCAGCCCACUGUCACCCUCAGUUUCACCUUCUCUCUCCUCACCACCAUCUGUUUUCUUUUCUGGCCAGAAUCAAGGACUUGAGCUGGAGCAUCUGAUGGAGAUCCUGGUGGAGUCCUAAUUGCCUCAUCUUCAUUGUUAUGUGAGAAAACCACUUAAACAGGAAGCAACCUGAAUUCCUUUCACCAACUUGGUGGAAGUAAACAUAAUUCUUAGGGCAAAAGGCAGGACUGUCAAACAUGUCGAUUAUUCUUUGUGUUUUUUAUAUACAUAUGUUGCUCGAGAAAAGAGUAUUGUAGGUUUUAGAAAGUAGUAAGAAUACCCUGGGGUUGUAGAACGUAAAUGCUGCACAGCUGUGAUGCAUCUGCCAGCUCUUACUGUAUCAUGAAAUACAAAAAGAAACAUUUUUGUGUUUCUGAAAAAAAUGCAGGCCAAGUGAGGGAGAAAGCUAGGCGUGAAAAAGUUUUUUUCUCUUUAAUACUGAGCAAUCAGUCACUCAAUGAAGAACUGCUGAAAUGAAUGUUAUUACAGUUCUCACUGUGACUCGGCUGUUUGGAUUUAUUGAAAGGCAGUGCCAGUUCCCUAUAUUUUGCCCCCCAACUGUAAGUGAAUCUUGCAUUCACACUGAACAUCCAGAGUUAUUUGUGGUAAAAGAAAAGCUGAAGCCAGUCAUGGACCGGUGUUUGAUCCAGUUUAUUUGACUUUGGCUGAGGACAAAUCUUGUGACACACGUGUAUUGUUAAUGUUCUGAGAGAAUGUGAUGUGGCUGGUGUCAGAUGGAGAAUGGUAGAAACACUAAUGUUCGAGGUCAGAUCUUCUGUGAAGAAAUUCUUUAACGUCAUUUAUCAGUGAGUCUCAAUAAGGAGCACAAUAUCAGACACAGAGAUUAGGUCAAGGUUUUAAAACAGAAGGAAAAAAGGGGUUGGGUCUCUGAAAUCAUUGAUUUCAAGAUAUUUGACCAGGAGAAGAAAUUUAGAAAAUCUGUAUUUUCUACAUUUAGCAUAAGAUUUUUUUUUUCUUUAAAAUGAUGUACAUACUUCUUGAAGGUUAUUUCAGUGAACAGUUGAAGUUGCAGUAAGGUUACAUUUAACCUAUCUAUUCCUGUAGCAGUUAAAGUUGAUUAGUGGGAGGAAAAAGCACAAUUUUAAAAUUCUGUUCGACGGGAUGUUAUGCGAGUGUUUCUUUGUUUAGAUGGGUACAGUGCAGCUGUUUGAAGCGCAGAAAACACAUUGGUUCUGUUAUUGGCUCCAUGCACAGUGCAGCCCCGAAAGAGUCGCUUUUAUUUUUAGAGAUGCUUUUAUUCAAAGAGCCUUUACAGUACUGCGAUUGUAUACAACAUAUCACAAGUGUAAAUGUGACUGUCCAGAACAUCCAACCAGCCUGUUGGUGUGCGUCUCACAGUAUUUUAAAUUACAACCACUACACAGCAGGUCCCAUUAUGCAGAUGUAGUACUGAUCAGCACCACUAGGUGUCAUCUUUUGUUUGGUUUACAUCUGAAUAUUGCACUUUUGUUAUUAAUAAUAUGCAUUUUAUGUGUCGAGUCAUGUGAGCAUGUGGUUUAUGUAUUUAUUUAAAAGUCACAUUACAUGUAUGAUUUGGUUAAAUUGUCCCUUAUAGACCCAUAAAAUGGGUUUCUGUUAAUGCAUAUUGUUUAAAAGAAAGGUGUUUUACUGUAAUUCUAGUUCUAGAUGUUGAUCCAUCUUUUAAACCAACACUGCUAUAGCACAUAAUGCAUGUUAGACUUUUGUACAAUUAAAUCCUGUUUUAUGGAUCAGAGUUGCUUACUAUGCAAAGGUCCUUUAUAAACAGCAGGGAUUCAGUUUCAAAUAAUUCAUGUUUUGUUGAAGAGGAGUUGAUUUCUACCAUAUUUAACAGUUCAGUAGUGUUAUAUUAUUCUGUCAUGGCAGUAUUUUACUUUUAUUUUCCAUACAAAUAUUGUAAAGAUGUUUACCUUUGCUGUUUUUUUAAUAAAUCACAAACAUGAA